UCCGGAGGCGGGCGGGGCCGCGCCCCCGUCGCCGUGGCAGCGCGGAAGCGGAAGCCGCGGGCGAGCCAUGAGCAAGCGCAAGGCGCCGCAGGAGAACCCCAACGGGGGCAUCACGGACUUCCUGACCGAAUUGGCAAACUAUGAGAGGAAUGUAAAUAGAGCCAUCCACAAGUAUAAUGCCUACAGGAAAGCAGCAUCUGUAAUAGCCAAGUACCCAAGCAAGAUACAAAGCGGGGCGGAAGCAAAGAAACUGGAUGGCGUAGGAGCUAAAAUUGCUGAAAAGAUUGAUGAGUUUCUGUCUACUGGAAAAUUACGUAAGCUAGAAAAGAUUCGGCAGGAUGAUACGAGCUCUUCCAUCAAUUUCCUCACCAGAGUUAGUGGAAUAGGUCCAGCUGCUGCCAGGAAACUAGUGGAUGAAGGCAUUAAAACGCUGGAUGAUCUGAGGAAAAAUGAACAUAAACUGAACCAUCAUCAGCGAAUUGGGUUAAAGUAUUUUGAAGACUUUGAGAAAAGAAUUCCUAGGAAGGAGAUGCUGGAGAUGCAGGAAAUUGUAGUUAAUGUGAUAAAGGAAGUGGAUUCCAAGUACAUUGCGACGGUGUGUGGCAGCUUCCGCCGAGGUGCAGAAUCAAGUGGAGAUAUGGAUAUCCUCUUGACUCAUCCAGAUUUCACUUCUGAUUCUGCCAAGCAGCCAAAGCUUUUGCAUCAAGUUGUGGAGCAACUGGAAAAAGUCCACUUCAUCACAGACACACUGUCGAAGGGAGACACCAAAUUCAUGGGUGUGUGCAGACUCCCAAGCAAAGAUGAGGAAACUGACUAUCCCUACAGGAGAAUUGAUAUCAGGUUGAUUCCGAAGGAUCAGUAUUACUGCGGAGUCCUCUACUUCACGGGCAGUGACCUGUUCAACAAGAACAUGCGAGUGCACGCCUUGGAAAUGGGCUUCACCCUGAAUGAGUACACAAUCCGGCCCUUGGGCGUCACCGGGGUGGCUGGGGAGCCCCUCCCUGUGGACAGCGAGGAGGACAUCUUCGACUACAUCCAGUGGAAGUAUCGUGAGCCGAAGGAGCGGAGCGAGUAACUUUCUUGGUUGCACCAGUACGGAACCGUAACUUAUUGCUUGCGCGCGUUCUCACUGUGGGGGCGGGGGCUGUGGCUGUUUCUGGGCUUCGGAGCCGCAGACCAGGAUGCCUGCUGCAGCAACGAGAGGGCCGCGUUUGUGCUUUCGUGGGUUUCUUUACAGAAGGGAUGAGAACCUCCCCUUCCCCUUUGCAUUAUGCCUUGGGUGUGACUUCUCUCCGUUUUAAUAUGCCGUGUUGCUGCAUCCUUGAAAUAAAUGGGUGGUGAAGGGCUCUUCCACACAGCUGCCUGGGUCGGAGCCCUCCUUGGGUGGGCGUUGUCUGGCCCCUCUUCCAAGGGGUGCCCCUGCUGUGCUGGGCCUGCGCAGAAGGAAGCUCCGCCUGCUUGGGCCUGUGCAGCACUUCAAGAUCUUACAGGAACCCACAGAGCACUCUGGCUUCUUACAGGAACCCACAGAGCACUCUGGCUAGGGGUGGCUAGAAGGAGAGGCCCUUGGGUUGGGCUCGCAGCUGGGGGACUGGUUCUGGCCCCACUCAGGCACCGAGCUCACUGGGCAACUUUGGCCAGUCACUGACCCGCGGCCCGACCUGCCUCACAGGGUUGUUGCUGGGAGGAUGAGGGUGAGAGAAGGAAGGGGGUUGUGUAAGCUCUCUUGAGAUCCGUGAAGGGGAGAGGUGGGAUAUGAAUGCAAUUGAUUAUAGUGGUGUUGGUAUGAAGAGAUUAAAUUGAAAAGAGCACAGUAAAUACUCCUAGCACACUGAA